UAAAAAAAUACGCCCCCAAAUUGAUGUCUGCUAGAACAAUAUUGGAAAUUGGAACCUCUCAUGUCACAUAGGGUUUUGUUAUCAGUAAUAAUAUCAUAAUUAACUUAUUUAUAUGUAGAUCUGAAAAACGAAAAUGAACGAUUCAUUUCGUGUGAAUCUAUUUGCUGAAGCAAGGUCUGCAUGUGAUGUGUCUAGAAAUUAGAAUGUGAAAUGGCAGAACCACAAGCAACAACAAAAGUGGUGAUUGAACUGUCUGGGGAAAAUGCCUCAGCUAUAAAGGAUUGUGAUGUUCAGCAACAGCAAAGUAACGAUCGUCAAAUUACUGACAACCAAAAGAAUGGUCCUGUAGUUCAAAAUGGGCCAAAAGAUACCUUAGAAUUGCCACCUCCUAUUGUGAGAGCACAUUCAAAAGAAUCCCUCAGAUCACAGAGUAGCAUAGAUCAACAACUAAAAGAAGAGGAUUUGGUACUUGCCACAACAUUAGUAAUAGAUGCUAAAUCUGGUAGAAACUUUCAGUAUAAAACAGAUGCUAAGUAUGUAAAGUUUUAUAAUUUGUACCAUUCUUGGAUAUUAAGAUGGUUGUUAUAUCUGUUCAUUGCCAUAGAUCUUGCCUUAGCCAUGUUUGAGAAGCCUGCAAAUCCUGACAUGCUUUGGCCAAUUGGGGCAACAAUUAGCGUAGAAAUUAUUUGUCUACUCUUCUUCCUGUUUAGAUUCUGUCAUGCAGUGUAUUUCAGUAUACCAAGAAUUUUUUGGCGGGAUACUAAAAAUAUAUUGAUUUUAGCAAUUAUUGUUCUAACAUUUUUGGACAUGAUAUGUUUCCUAAUUUGGGAUAAUGUGGCACAUGAGACAAACCCUAUUAGAUGGUCUAGACCACUUCGUCCACUGUUUAUCAUCAAUUUCUCAGAUGGAAAACAGAUAAGAAGAGCAUUUCGUAAUAUAAGAAGAACUGUUCCAGAAAUACUCAAUAUUUUAGUUCUAUUUUUUCUUAGUAUUGCUCUGUUUGCAUUGCUGGCUUUGAAAUUAUUCAAUAAACGAAACCUUACAUAUCCAGAUGGUAAACCUUAUUUCAAAGACUUUUUUGAAAGUGUAUGGGACCUUUAUGUUUUAGUUACAACUGCCAAUAACCCUGAUGUCAUGAUGCCAGCAUAUGAUGAGAGUAAUUGGUUUGCAUUUUUCUUCAUUAUUUACAUUAUUAUUUGUUUAUACAUAUUCAUGAGCAUAAUUUUGGCUGCAAUUUACUACAACUACAGGAAUAAUUUGAAAAAUGAAAUAAGAGCCUCUGUGUUUGGAAAAAGAAAGAAAUUGAGUGAAGCAUUUGAACUCCUGAAGGUUGACAGAGGUAGAAAGAUGGUUGUUACUUAUCUUACAUGGUGCCAACUAUUGAAAAAAGUAAUACCAAAGAAAAGUCAGGCACACAUAGACCUCUUGAUGAAAAUACUUGAUACAGAAAUGAACCAUCAAAUAGUGAAAAAAGAAUUCCUUAAACUAGCAGACCUCUUGCAACUUGAACUGACAGAGGUUACUGAUAGAAUGACAUUUUUAGAGAAAUAUAUUCCAACUAUUUACAACUCAGCAAUCAGUAGAGUACUGAAAAAAGUUGUAAGGCAUAAAGUUUUUCGUUAUUUCUUUGAUUUCCUGAUAUUUGUGAAUGCCUGGUUCAUUGGAUUUGAUGUUGACAAAGCUGAUUGGUUCUUCCUUGCCUUGUUUACUGUAGAAAUUCUUCUCAAGCUGUACACAUUUGGACCAAAAGAAUUUUUUGUUAGAUUUUGGAAUUCAUUUGACUUUCUGGUGGUGUUUUCAGCUGUAAUUGCCUCAGCUAUAGAGGCUGCAGAGGGAGCAUCAAGAGAAGAAUUCAAAACAUUAGAUUUGCUGCUUGUGUUGAGAGUUCUCAGACUUGUGAAGAUUUUUGGAAGCAUACAAAGGUUUAAAGUUGUAUUGCAGACUAUUAUAAACAUUGGACCAUCUAUAUUUACCUAUGGUGGUGUCAUAUUUGUAUUUUACUAUAUCUUUGCCAUCAUUGGGAUGGAAAUAUUUAGUGACAAGUUUGAUUAUUAUGGAUAUGAGACCAAUGUAACAGAUGAGAGCCAUUUCUGUGGUAAUCCUAAACUGAAUGGUACAGCUUUCUUCAAGUUUCAGUACUGUAAUAACAACUUCAAUGAUUUCUUAAAGUCUCUAGUCAUUUUAUGUAUGAUUGCUGUGCCUAUUUUCAAAAUUAUUUCUGAUGUUCCUUAACUCUAGCCACUGAUUGCAUCUGGUUUUGUGGCUGUCACCAGUAAGGCUGCUAGACUCUACUUCUUUAUGUUUCAUUUAACCUGUGUUGUUAUUGUUCUCAAUAUUUUCAUUGCAUUCAUCUUGGAAGCAUUCAUUUUGGAGUAUACUAUAGAUAAAUCUGGAAGACUGGAAUCUUGUGUAGAAAGUAAAAUAAAAGAGCUAGGACUAGGCAUUGGACAGGGUACCAGAAAGACAAACACCCAGGAGCUACAGAAGGAUGAUACAGAACUGGUUCCAAAUGAGCAAUUACCAGAACCCUCUCUAGACAUUGAUGCUGAAUCAGACACAGACAGUAUACCAGAUUUAUCAGUAGAAACUGGGUUAAAGUUCCAUUUGAAAAAGAAAAGUCGAAAGAAGGUGGAGGUAUUACUUCAGCAGAUGUUUGAAGGAGAAAUAGACCCAGAAGAUGAUGGCCAGUAUUUUGACGAAGAUGAAGUUAAAGUUGUACCAAGAAAAUUAACCUUAGAUACUGUUUCAUAAUAUUGUGCAGUUUGUUUUCUUUUUUUUCUCUAGGGGUUCUGUAAGUGUUUGAAUUGCAUUGUUUAUCUAGCAAUGACAUGUAUGCCAUACUUGAAACAAAGUUGCUGAAACCAUGAUUUUGUAGUUUUAUCUUCAAUGAAAUUUUAUGACAUUGUUUUCAUAUAACUUCAUAAUAGUUUGCUAUUACAUUAUUAUUGGUAUCAACUGAUAAAUUUCAUAACUAUUUUAACCAAUGUUUACGGACUUUCAUGAAUAAAAUUUUGCACACUUAAAGAGCCCUAAGUGUAUGUACCUGCAACUUGGUCUGUCAUGUCUCAUUUUUAUUUUUCCAAGUAACAAAAAGUGAAAGAAAGAUUGAAAUACAGAGCUGGUGUUUCCAGGAUGAGAAUACUUUGGUCCAAAGUUUUUAAAAUGACCAGAUUUAGGUCUGGAAAAUUUCAUAUACACAGUUAAGGUUCAGUCGAUACUGUUUACAAUUUUUUCAAUUAUUUAAGACUAUUUUUUAGAUUCAUCUCCUAAAAUUGCAGGUACCAAAGAGGGUGUUUGAUGUUUUAGUAUACAAGCAUUGAAAAACAAUUCAAAAUUUUGUCCUAUCAUUUACAAAGCUGGAGGAUCUGAUACUUGAAGUAUCAAUAUAACAUAUUAUGAAAAAUGAUUUCAAAUUCUGUGGGUGUUUUUACAAAUAAUUGUAAAUAUGAUAAUAUUCAUUCAUAAUUUAUGAACAGUCAGUAUAAAUUACAAUCAAUUUAUACUUGUAAGAUUGAUGUGAAAAGAGCAUCUGAAAUUUUCAGUAAUUGUGAUUAGCAAUACCCCGGUACUUUAACUUGUGCUACAAGAUAAACUAUAUUGUAAGUUAGGGCAUAUCAAAUUGCAAAUACUACAUUGGUUUUUUUUUUUAAUAUCAGAAAUUAAUCACUUAAAAUAACUACUGUCAGUUCUUGUAAGAAAAGUUUUGGGAUUAUACAAAUCUUAUGUCAGAAAACAUUAAAUGUGGAUUAUACUCCAAUAGUGGGAGAUCAAGUCACACUAAUAUAUUCAUGAAAUAUUGGGCAUUUUAUAUCAAAUGUACAUAUAUUAAUUUAUAACAGGUCUUUUGGACUUUUAAUGUGAUAACAGGAUUGAUGACAGAUGUCUCUGUAUAUAUUUGAACAGUCUUCCUUAUUAAUUUUCAAGAGUAGUUAAUGGGUCCAAACUAAUGUCAAGGAAAAUUUACAUUUUUCACAUUUUGUACGAUAACUCAAGCUUUCUGUCACCCAUUCACAUAAUACUAUAGUACUAACUUAUUAUAUACUAUUUAUUACAUUUGUUUUAUACUGUUGGGAAGGGUUGUAUCAUGUACUUAUGGCACAUUUAUAUUUACACAUAAUGCUUGGCAUAAGUAUAUUGUGAGGUAUCUGUCAAUUAUUGAAAUAUCCUAAUCAAUACUGGAAACAAUACUCAUAUGUGUCAGGCUCACCAGUAAUGUCGUAACUCAGAGCAAAUGAAGAAAUUCUGUAAACUAAUCUAUGUUGGUCACAAUAUUGCAAAAACAAAAUGUGUUUUCAUCAAACUAAAUAAUUUUUUUUGCCAAUAUAUCUUACUGUAAACUCUUAUUUAGUAUGAUAUCAAUUUUCGGUUGACAAUACUCAAAUACCAUAGUGAAUUUGGAGAUUUAUUAAUUUUUUAUAAUUUUAUGAUAGCUAUUAAAGUCAUAAAAAAAAAUUCCUUUGGAAAAAUGGCUUAUUCCUGAUACACAUCAUAUUACAAAACUACAGAUAUUCAAAACAUGUAUUAACUAACAAUAUUUAAUAAAUUGGAUGUGAUGAUAAGUAAUACACAUUUGUAAAAGUAUAGUAAAUACCAUUAUCUUUUCCUUUCAUUAUGUCUUUGUUUAUUUAGCAGGAUCAUACAUAGUUGAUAUUUAUAUUAGUGUAAACAAAUGAUUGUGGAUUAAAUUUUUGAAGUUGCAAUCAUUUCACAUCUUAUUUUACAGUAACAUGGAGUUGAAAAAAGCUCAUGUUAAAACCAAACUUUUUUAAGAAAUAUUUGAUGUUAUAAUCAUGACAAAUAUGUCUUACUUUAAACAAUUGAAAUUACAUUGAAGUAGAUUAUGCUUUUGUGAGUAUGUUAUUUCAUAUUCCUUAAUAACCUCUUUUUUUUGAAGAUUUGUUUUUAUAAUUAGGCCAACAUUCUGUAUUGCCAAAUUGUAUUUAUUUGAAACAGGAAAGAAGUCUCCAUCUGUGAUUUGUUGUUAUAUUUUACACUAUGUAAUUUUUCAAGAUUAUAGGGAUAUUGUCUUUCAUUUUUGAACAAGUCAAGGCAUGUAUUGGUUACAUAAUGAAUGCAAUAUGAUGUCCUAGUGCUUUUAAACAAAAUAUGUAGAGCAGAAUUAUUGCCUGGAUGACACUUUCAUAAGCCAAAAAAAAACCUUCAGUAUGACUUCAUUUGAGAUGGUAAUGGGCUUUGUAAUGUUGAGUUUGAACCUCUGACAGAAUAUACAAAGCAGGAACAGACCUCAAUAUUUAUCUCAUUUCAAUUAUGUUUUCAUGGUUAGAAAUGAAUAGUGUUUUCUUUUAUAUUCAUUUUUGAUAACCAGGGUACAUAUCCAUGUAUUAUGCAGUCAGACAAUUUUUAAUAGUCACUGAGAGUAUAAUAUCUUAGGCCAAAAAUUAGCGGAGUCUAAAAAUAAAACAUGAAAGUUUUCCCUUUUUUAAAUAAAAAUACGAAAUUAUAAACCUAAUAUCUUUGAUGAGUUUUUAUUACAACAUUAUGUAGGUUAUUUCUUUACCAACAUUUUUCUAAAAACUCCAGUUGAAUGCUCAAAAAUGUGUUUCUUGAUAGACAAUAUCCCUUUAGACUUUAAACAUAUUAAUAAAACUCAAGCAUUGUAGAUAUUUUUGUUAAUGUUUGUAAAGUAAAGGAUAUUUAAAAGGUGCAAUAGUUGUUAAUUAGUGCAUUUCAUUUGUUUAUUUAAUGUAUUUUCAUUUGUUUAUGUUUGAUUUUGAUGAAGAAAAAAUAUUUUCAAGCAGUGCAAUAGAUUUUGAACACAAUGUUGAUUGUUUUUUUAUUAAGAGGGCAUACAUAAAUAUUCUCUUAUGAACCCAGCUGCCCAACUUGUUUUAAUGUUUGUUUGAAUAGUCCUUUUGAUUUGCAAACUUGCAGGCAACAUGCAAUCCAAUUUAGCUAAAGCUAAUCAAUGUGACUCUACAGCUGUAAUUGAAUAAAAUACAUUAAAGGAAAUACACAAUAAGAUGUUAUUUGGGCAGAAUAUAUGUUCAGUUGUCAAAUGGUAGUAUCUUCUAGGUAACUUUUGUUAACACAAUCUUGUUAACCAAUAUGACCCCUUAAAACAACUUAAUCAUCUCUCCUUUUUCUUAGUUCAAAUUGAUUAUCAGAUCAAUCACCAUUUUGAAGAUAAAAUUGUUUAUUGUGCAUCAUAUUAAGCUUCUUCCUGUUACACCAUGCUGCACUAUGCACUACCCUUUAUUUGAAAGUUUCUGUGUGUCUAGUCAUAAAAGUUUACACCAAUAGCAUUGGUGUCCAGAAUAUGUUGAAUAAUUAUAUUAUACAUAUUUUGUCUGUAAUUAUGUAUACUAACAAUGUAUUUUGUUACUUAAUAAAAAUUUUGAGUUAAA